UCUCUCUCUCCUCUCUUUUCAAUCGGGAUACCAGUGAAGGGUGGUGGUGCAUAUUGAUCGUAGUCGUUCAACACGAUGUGGUGAAUGGAGAGAUAGAAAGAUCGAAAGAAUCAAAGUCUUGUUCUGUGUCGAUUGAGUGAUUACCGUGGAAGUUCGGCGAUAUACUACCUAAUUCUACUUUUAGUUGUGGGUUUGUAAACAGAUGGAAGGGAGGCGAAUCACUGCCAGUCCUCGGCCUUGCGGUGUCCGUCGAGUAGUGGCAAAGAAACGGCCCCGCAUUGGGGUUGAUGGGCUUGUCAAUAGCGUGAAAAAGCUUCAAAAGAGAGAGAUUUGCUCGAAGCGAGGUCGUGCCUUUAGUAUGAGUGAUGCUGAGGAGAGAUUUAGGAACAUCCGCUUGCAGGAAGAAUAUGACACCCAUGAUCCAAAGGGGCAGUGUGGCAUGGUACUGUCUUUUCUAAGAAAGAGGUCUAAAAUCAUUGAGAUAGUAGCAGCUCAUGAUAUUGUAUUUGCACUUGCACAGUCCGGUGUCUGUGCUGCAUUUAGUCGAGAGGCUAAUCAGAGGAUAUGCUUCUUGAAUAUCAGUCCUGAUGAAGUUAUAAGAAGCUUGUUUUACAACAAAAACAAUGAUUCACUAAUUACAGUCUCGGUUUAUGCUUCGGACAAUUUUAGUUCUUUGAAAUGCAGAACCACAAGAAUCGAAUAUAUUAGAAGGGGUAAGCCAGAUGCAGGUUUCGCUCUCUUUGAAUCAGAGUCGUUGAAAUGGCCUGGAUUUGUAGAGUUUGAUGAUGUGAAUGGAAAGGUGCUCACAUAUUCUGCACAAGAUAGCAUAUACAAGGUGUUUGACUUGAAAAACUAUUCAAUGUUGUACUCUAUUUCAGACAAGAAUGUUCAAGAGAUCAAGAUCAGCCCAGGCAUAAUGUUGUUAAUUUUCAAAGCUAGUGGCCAUGUACCUCUGAAGAUUCUUUCAAUAGAGGAUGGUACAGUCCUUAAAUCUUUCAAUCAUCUACUUCACCGAAAUAAAAAUGUAGAUUUCAUUGAGCAGUUCAAUGAAAAGCUUCUUGUCAAGCAGGAAGAUGAGAAUCUCCAGAUUUUGGAUGUUCGCAAUUCCGAGCUGACUGAAGUUAGCAAAGCUAAGUUUAAGACUCCAUCAGCGUUUAUAUUUCUCUAUGAGAACCAGUUGUUCCUGACGUUUAGAGAUAGUACAGUGGCUGUUUGGAACUUCCGUGGAGAACUUGUGACGUCAUUUGAGGAUCACCUUUUGUCGCAUCCUGAUUGCAACACAAACAAUAUAUAUAUCACGAGUGAUCAGGAUCUUAUAAUUUCUUACUGCAAAGCUGAUACGGACGAUCCAUUGUCAGAAGGAAAUGCUGGUUCUAUCAAUAUAAGCAAUAUCUUGACAGGGAAAUGCCUAGCUAAAAUAAGGACAGGCAACAGCUCUCCUGUUUUGGAUUGUGGCUGUGGCGACUGCUCUAAUGGAAACACUUGCAGAUCUAAGAAAAGGAUCCAACCUUUGAGUAUGAGAAGUACUGCUGCAGAAGCACUUGAAGACAUAACUGCUCUUUUCUACGACGAAGAUCGCAAUGAAAUCUACACUGGCAACAGUCAUGGCUUAGUCCAUGUAUGGUCUAACUGAAAAUGUCAUCAUCAUUAUUACUAAUUUUCUUUUUUUGAGUCUCUUUUGGUUACAUAAUUGUGUCUCCCACCUCAUUUGUUGUAUCCAUUCUCUUGCCCUUAAGAAAGGGAAAAAGGAAAUAUUCAAAACUAGUUACUUGUUUGCAAAGUUUCAUCCAAUCUCAUGUAAUUCUUUCUUCAACCAGUGUAAAAGCUACAUGCAUGAGCUUCUAGAA